AUGGCAAAUCCUUUCUCCUUUCGACCAGGCCAGGUCACCUUCUGGACAACCCUAGUCUACCUCGCCCUUCUUAUUCCCAUCAUCAUUAUCAAUGAAGCCCCUCCUCCAUCGCCACGAAACACUGAAUCUCCCCUUCCAGGCAUCAACCUCACCCAGGCGUGGCUAGACUUGACCACUAUUACCCGCGCUUAUCAUCCGUACAACAGUCAUUAUAAUGAGGUUGUCCGGGGCUACCUUCUCAAGCGUGUACGCGAGAUCUUGGAGGGAAAUGGUGUGGCCUGGAAUAUUGAUGGAGCCCAGUCAAGUGAUUCGAAUCCUGCUGUUACCGUAUUUGACGACACCACAUCCAAUUGUACAUUUCUCAUGGAAUCGAGUGUAGUGCCUGGCACACAUGCCCCUCAGGUGGCCGCUUACUUUGAAGGCACGAAUAUUCUCGUCUAUGUUCGUGGAAAGCUUGAUGAUAAGGGCAGCUGGUGGAAGACGGCCGGUCCCCGCAAUUUCGGGCAUGUCGAAAAGGGUUUGACAUUGGUCAACGCUCACUACGACUCAGUGUCCACGGGCUACGGCGCCACAGAUGACGGCAUGGGUGUGGUGACUUGCCUACAACUGAUACAGUACUUCACGACCCCGGACCAUCAGCCAGAUAGAGGAAUCGUCAUCCUGCUCAAUAACGGCGAGGAAGAUUGGCUCUACGGUGCUCGGGCUUUUGGACAGCAUCCCUUGCUCCCGUACAUUCAUACGUUUUUAAACCUUGAGGGCGCAGGGGCUGGAGGCAGGGCCAACCUAUUUCGUACGACAGACCGCGAGGUAACAGCAGCCUAUGCUGGAUCUCCUCAUCCAUUCGGUACUGUCAUUGCCUCAGAUGCCUUCGGUUUGGGCUUCAUCCGCAGCGGCACUGACUACUCGGUUUUGUACAACGUUUAUGGCCAGCGAGGACUCGAUCUAGCCUUCUUCAAGCCACGGGCCCGUUAUCAUACUAAUCAAGACGAUGCGCGUCACGCUUCUCUCGGCAGUUUGUGGCAUAUGCUGUCCGCUGCGGUUCAUACGACCUCACGUUUGUCCAGUAACGCCAUGGGAAAUCGUUUCGUUGGGCCUCGGCCAGAUGGUGCUCGUAACAAGGUGCGCAACGGUCGUCCCAGCGACGGCGUCUGGUUUGAUCUGUUCGGCAAGGGCUUUGUGCUCUUCGGUCUUAGAGGAAUGUUUGCCUGGUCCUUGACCUUGUUGGUCACCACUCCCCUCAUUUUGAUGUUCAUUAGCUAUGUCCUGCACCGUGUCGACAAGUACUAUCUCUUCAGCUCCCGCGCUGACGAUGUGCGUGGCCAUGCUGCGGAUGAUGACGGGCAUGGGCUUGGUGACGAACCCGUUUUUCUGGGUGGCUGGAAGGGCUUCUUCCGGUUCCCGUUUGCGAUGCUGGUAUCUGGCUCCCUCACUCUGGGCUCUGCGCUUCUGAUGAAGAAAGUCAAUCCGUUCAUUGUAUAUGGUAACCAGUAUACUGUCUGGGCCAUGAUGGUAUCGUUGUUCUACUUCUCCUUUUGGGCCAUCAUGCGCGGUGCCAACUUCGCGAGGCCCAGUGCUCUACACAGGACCUAUGUUCAAGUUUGGCUCUUCGUUAUCGGCUGGGCUAUCCUCGUCGCCGUUACCGUUAGCGAAGACCGCCUUAAGAUCGCAGCCGGCUACGUGUUUGUAUUUCUUCAAUCCUCCCUCUUCUUAACACUCUUCAUAGCCCUCUGUGAAAUGUUUGCAUUGCCGAAGAAGGCAAUCUGGGCUGCACAUAUUCGUGAGGCAAGGCAGAACCAGCAGGCCCAUGACUUCCUCCAAGGCCAGACCAGCAUUGGUGAACACUCACCGUUGCCAACAGUCCUUCGUCAGGAACAAGGACUGUCACCAAGGGGUUCGAAUCACCCUGCAUCUCCGCACACCAACAACAGAGACAACACUGACGACGAUGUCGAAGCCGAGCUGCCGACUGAAAGGACACCUCUUGUUGGGGGCAAUAUCGGAGGGGUUGAGCAGGUCCCGACGACUUUUGCUACCACCUACAGGAGAUCUAUCUCCUCUCUGGUCAAAAAAGCACGCCAAAAGUACAGCACUCAGGGGUAUGAGGCCUUUGAAUAUGAACAGCCCUGGUCCGCUCACCUUCCCACAUGGACUUGGCUCCUCCAGUUUCUACUACUUGGCCCCUUUACUAUCGUCUUGGUGGCACAGACGGGCCUUAUGCUGGUUGAUGCUGUCCAUCAGACUGGCGCGGAUGGUAGCAACCUGCUCCUUCCUUACUUGAUCAUAUUUCUCUUUACUGUCCUGCUCAUCCUGCCCCUGACACCCUUCAUUCACCGAGUCACCCACCAUAUUCCUGUUUUCCUGCUGGUGGUUUUUGGAUCCACACUUGUAUACAACCUGGCUGCAUUCCCCUUCUCAGCCUCCGCCCGUUACAAAGCCUACUUUAUCCAAACACUUACCCUCGACAACCAGACAAAUACCAUUUGCUACAACGGUAUUGAGAAGCCAGUUCGCAAAAUCAUUUCCACCUUACCUUCUUCUUUGGGUAAAGAAGUUGCCUGUAGUCCGUCGAAGCGCGAGGGCCUGGUAGCGUGCUGCUACGAAGGGUCGGGACUCCCGCUACCAAAGCUCACCCAAUCACAUGCAUCAUAUAAUAAAACCGAAUGGGAUAGCUACAGAGACCUUGUAAACAUCAACGCCACCCGUCUGCCGUCAUUAGCGCCCGAUUUAUGGCGCGCACGCCUGGAGAUCUCUGCCAGUAACACCAAGGCGUGUUUUGUCGAAUUCGCGACGCCAAUCUCUGCCCUCAAGGUUCACGGCAGUUCUGCCUGGGAUGACCGCUUCGGCGUGCUCCCGGAGUCUGGAAUCAAGACACUAAAGCUGUGGCACCGCGAAUGGAAUAAAACUUGGGUUGUCGAUGUGGAAUGGAACGGACAACUGGAAGAGAAUGAUGGCAACAUCUUUGAUGGGCAGUCAGGCGGGAAGCGCCGAAAAAUGAUGGGUAACGGGGAGCUGAAGACCAGAAAUCGCCAUAGCAAUGGGCUCCAUGGAACAGUGGCCUUUUGGUUAUGGGAAAUCAGGUUCGACAAGCUCAUGACGAUCACCCAUGGUGCGGUGGAUUAG